CCCACGCUCCGUCCUCUUCUCCCCCAUUUUGCUCCUCGACUUCCUCACGUCCCGUUGCCUCCGCCGCCCACCGGCGAUCUCGCCGCCGCGACGCUCCGCUGCCGGGGACCCCAGUCGCCUAACAUCAGUGCGUCCCCAAUUCACCUCUCCCGUUCGUGUUCUACAGCACCGCCACCCUGCGCGGCGGGCGCCACCUCGCGUCCGAUCGCUAUGCCCGCCUCGGCGUCUCCUCCAGUCGAGCCUGCGGCGCCGCCGUCUGGGCCUCCUCCGGCUUCCCCCGACCCUACGGGUUCCGAGGCAGAUGGGGAGGAGGCCGGCGGCUCGUUCUCGAAGCCUUUGGCGGUGGGGACGGUGAACUGGGGUACGGCUACCCUCGUUGGAGUCUUCGCGGGGCUACUCUACGGCGGGAGCAAGGAGGCCUCCGCCUCUGUCAGCAAGGAUGCAGAGGUGAUGCUGAAGAUGGGAAGUACCCCCGACAAACGUGAACAGUAUAGAUUGAUGAGAGACGCAAUGGAGAAAAGGUUCAUCCGGGUUGCCAAAGGCUCACUAGUCGGUGGUGCUCGACUUGGAAUGUUUACUGCGACUUUCUUUGGCAUACAGAACCUCCUUAUUGAUACUCGUGGGGUUCAUGAUGUCUUCAAUAUUGCUGGAGCUGGCUCUGCUACUGCAGCUGCUUUUGGGCUUAUCUUGCCAGGAUCAAUAAUGUGGCGUGCAAGGAAUGUAUUGGUUGGAUCUGCUCUUGGUGCUGGAAUCUGCUUUCCCCUUGGUUGGAUACAGUUGAAGCUCGCAGAAAAGGCCAACCUUGAGAUUGCGAAUUCGAAACCAUCAUCUGAUUUGACUGAGGGAAAAGGAAAUCAAAGCCGUGUUGGUGCUGCUAUUGAGCGACUUGAGGGUAGUCUGAAGAAGUGAGAUUUACAGAUUGACAGCCCUUCUAUCUGCGUUUUGGUUCCAUAAAUGUUGCAGUUACAUGGACUGGGCUGCACCGACUAUAGUUUCCUUUCUUUCUUUUUCCCUGUACUUCUCAUGUUAUCGAAUUUGGUGUUGGCAGUUUUGAUGUAGAAUAGGACUCGCUUGAUCUGGAUUGUUCUGCGUUGAAUUUCAUUUCGUAAAGUUUGCAGUCGAUGUAGCACUGACGCACUGGUAA